GGGUCCGGAUGGGACGAUGUGGGUUGAGAGGGUGGAGUUCGUUGGGUGAUUGGGGUGGUUUUGGAUGAUGGUGGGUAGUAUGUUGAGUAGGGAGAUGAGGCUCGUUGGUAGGUGGUAUGGUUUGCUUAGAAGGGAGAUGUGUGCUGCGUGGAUCCGCGUGGGUUAGACGGCAUCUCGUGGCAGUUCCUUUAUUUUCCUCUAGCUCUGGCAUUUUAUUCAUGUCCGUUUUUCUCUCGUUGUCCGUCGAGAUCCAUGGAAUUCCGUGGCUAUGCGCAAAUAUCAGUCCCCCUUACAGGAUAAUGCCCCUACCCGCCUUUCCGUGGUCUGCCUCCUCGUAUCGCCUUCCUCAAACUCUUAUUCAAUUGCCAUGGGUAAAUACGUGGAUAGACUGAGAUGUGGAGCGCAAACCGAUCCAGGGAAUGUAUA